AUGAAUGUGGCAGCCCCUGCCAUCGAGGGUCUUCCCGAUGAACAACAUACAUCACCCGUCCGAAGAACUUUUCUCCUUCUUAUAUUCUUCGAGUUCGUUCUCAGCUGGGCCCUGUGGCUGGUCUACGUUCGGACCCUCGGUAACUUUACCGAACAGAUAAAGGAUCAAGUUGUCAACAUGCGAUUUAACACAUCACUCUUUGAUGUGCAGAUUAUAGGUACCAGCCGCUUCUUCUUUCUCGAAGUGGCCUACGGAGCGUACAUGACCAGCUAUCGAUGGCCCGCUGCGUUCUCGUCUCAACACGAUAACAUUGGCUUGUGCUAUGCGGAGCUCAUUCUGCCCAUCGUUAUGGUCUGGCUGUUCACCCUUUUUCUGGAAUGUCGUGUUCUCCCCCAGGAGAGGAUGGCUAAACGAAUUGUCAACUCUUACCAGCGGAUGAACCCGGACUACCUCUCUGCUAUCGAGGUGCAAUCGGCACACUUUGCCUCCAUUCGUCAUUGGGCUACCAGGGCAGCCACCUCACGCGGUGUUGGCAGCAUCUACGAGUCCCCUGAGGGCUCUCUGAUUAAUGACGUGGAGUCCUUGCUUAGUGUCUCGAAAUACAAUUCCGGAGGCACCAACGAUGCACCUGUAGAUGUAGCAGCUCUUUUGACCAGGGCAGAGGAUUUGCGCCGAAGUGCCUGGGAUGUCUUUGAAGACGUGGCGUGGAACGAAGUCUCUUCAUCCUCCCUCAUCAAAUCUGGGUAUUUUAUCACUUCCGCUAACCUCCACGGCUUCAGUCAGAGAGUCUUCCGCUUGGACGCAAUCCUUCAUGCACGGGUCAAGACCAUUUUCAACGACCUCGUUCAUGGAAUCGAGUUUUCGCCGCUCUGGAACUCAACAGUCUGCUCCGCAAGGUGUCUGCAAAAGUUUCCCCAUGAGGAUCUGGAUAUUGUCCACCUCGUGACCAAAGAAGUUCUGGGAGGCCUCAUAAAGUCAAGAGACUUUGUGGUGCUGAGAGCGUGGGGUGUCAAGGAUGACAUCAGCUACGUCGCCUCCUCUUCCGUUACCUUUCCCAAGUGUCCGCCCUCUGACGAGUGUGUCCGGGCUGAACAGCUCAUCAAUGCGAUGUUCCUCCAGCCGACUGGGAGCGUUUGCCACCUUGUUUGUAUCACCUGCUGCGAUCUGAAGGGUUGGUUUUCAAGCCAAGUUGUGGCAAGGGGAAUACAAGUCUCCCUCAACUCCCUCUAUCAAGCCCUCCAAAAACGCGCCAUCUCGUUGAGUGCCGGUGUGGAGGACUUUGAUGAGCCUCUGGUCCCCCGGCCAUCCCCUUUGCCACCCCGGCAGCGCCCAAUACUCGAUGAGGCCUGCUAA